ACGGAAAGGCUCAGGUGCCCCAAGUUUUCGAGUAGAACAAAUCAGAGAGAAAAUGAGAACGGGGAACACCAGGAAGCGACUGCGCAGUGAACGAUCCAUCUGCAGCUGCAAAUCUCCUCGACAUGCUUCUCUUCGCCCCUUCGACUUUUACGAAUUGGACGUGUGGACGGAGAUCGCCAAGUUUCUGGAUGGUAAAUCUCUGGUGAAGCUCGCGGUGACCUGCCGGUGGUUCCACGGCGUGAUUAUGCAGGACUCCGUGUGGAAGUUGGCCUGCUUGAGCCAUCUUCAAGUUCCAGCUCCAGAUCGUGUGGAGUUCAAAUGGAUUCAGCUCUACGCUUCGGCAACCAAUGGAAGCCAUUCGUACUCGUUUCACGAGAAGGAGAAACAUCUUGACUGGAUGAGGGUCGGUGCCUUCUUCCUAGACUCACCAUCAGUAAUUCUUACCCAGAGACUGACCUUACCCUUGAAGAUCAUGAAACGUGAACAGCUCAGGACCAUGUUGGGAUCCAAUGGGGCAUGUUUGCUGAGCGGCCUUAAAACAGGCAUCUGGAUGGCAGAUCUACAUCUGGUUCGUUGCCCUAUCUGCAAACUUGAUACUUGCGUGGGAAAAAUGCAGACACUUGAUGCAAGGCAUAUAGAAUUGUUCCUGAGUGAGGAGUACCAGAACUGCAUUUGGGUGUAUGAGCACAUAGGAUCCCACAUAGUUAAAGGAGAAGCAGCCAAGGCAGCCUCUGCAGCCAUGCUGGACCUCAAGCACAUCUCUGACCACCCAACCGCUGAUGUGUUCAAUCUCAAACUCUGGGCUGGACGACCAGACGAUUUCCAACCGAAAGCUAUGAUCACUUUCCACGCCCUUGCAGUCAGCACCAACUUACAGGCCAAUCAAGCAGGACUUCUAUCAAAGUUCUACGUGAUGCGAGAUGGAACUGGCGGAGAAAUUGUUUCCAUCAGAGUCUCUCAGCAGCUCCUGUAACUCCCUCUCCUUUUGUCAAUUCCACCCCGGUGACGGUGAGUGUCAGCCAUCAUCCUUCAUCAGUCACAGAGAAAACAACUCAGAUUUUUAGCUAGUAAGUUCAAACAAGCAACAUAUACAUAUGUCAUCAUACUUUUUUAUUCUCUUGAUUAUUGAACUCCCUUACCUUCAGUCAGAUUCUACAUUCAGUACUUAGACAGAUAGCUUAGAUAAACAAAUGGGGCAUCAGGGU